AUGUCGUCCUUGUGGCCGUACCAUUUCAUUUCCCUCUCUGAAUCCGAUAAGCUGCAUCGCCGGGACCUUCUUGAUCUUCGAGGACAUUGUGCACAAUGGUCCAUCGUUCUAGCCAUGAUCGCAGUCCGGGUCUUCCAAGGUUUGGCAACAGCUUCAGGGAAGACAUCGAAACCAGCCCGCGGGCUACCUUCGUGGUGGGACCGGCCACUUGUUCCUGGAUGGAUAGAAACUCGACGACAGUAUUUCAUCUGCGGGCUCUGGCUAUCAUGGCUUUUAAGCCUCUCGGUUUGGAACAGUGGAGAAGACUAUCUUCAUUUGACCAAAGCAUUGGGUCAUGUCGGCCUGUCUCAAAUACCUUUACAGGCCUUGAUGUCGCCAGCGGCGUAUAUUUCAACUAUCAAGCCAGGAGCGUCAUCGUUAUGCUCGGUUUUGACCGGUAUCUCUCAGCCAAUUUUGACACCGUAUCACCGUCUCUUUGGCCGAGUUGUUGUCUUGCCUCUCCUCUUGGCCCAUGCCACGCUGUACAUGGCCUUUUUCGUGCAAAACAGUCAUCCGGAGUUCGGUCUCUUAGUCUUCAAACGAGUUCGUGACUCUGAUGUGCAAUGCGGCCUGGUUGCGAUAUCCUCGGUGGCGUUUCUCUUCCUCUUCGCGCGGCCUCGUGGCACUAAGCAGAAUGGACUACAAGGUUGGCUAAUGCAAGGUCCCGUCCAAGAACGCAGGCGCAUGUUUUACCUCUAUCACGUGUUUUUGGUCGCGGUGUUGUGUGGUGCAGCUUACUGCCAUGUCAAGCAGGCGCAAAAGUACAUGAUUCAGACUUUGGUGGCCUCAGUGCUCAAUGGGGUGUGUUCUUGGGCAGUGGUGCAAUGGGGAGGUCGAAGAUAA